AUGCGUGCCAAUAGAACCUCGGUGGGCAUGGAUCGCACCGACAGCACGGGCAGCGGCUACGCAGGUCAGUAUCCGGCGCCGGUGGCGGACAUGUACGAAAACCUGGACACGACGCCGGACGAGCUCCUGCUGUGGUUCCACCACGUGCCUUGGACCUAUAGACUGCAUAGUGGCAACACCGUGAUACAACACUUUUACGAUGCGCACUACGCGGGCGCCGAGACGGUGGCCGGAUUUCCCAAGCUCUGGGCCACUGUCCGGGACAAGGUUGAUCCCACUGUCUUUGAAGAUGUCAUGUUUCGUCUUCAAUACCAAGCUGGCCACUCGGUUCUGUGGAGAGAUAGCAUCAACGAGUACUUCUACAACAUGACACAGAUACCAGAUGAAAAAUCUCGGGUAGGAAACAACCCAUGGAGGCUGGAAGCAGAAAACUUUGACCUCGAGAACUACGAGAUUUUAGCCACCUCGCCAUUUGAGAUCUCGUCUGGGCUCUUUAUCGUUCAGUCCAUUUCCAAUACGACCACUGGGUCAUUGCGCAGUCAUUCACCUUACCCCGACGGUUACUACGAUCUCCAUGUGGCGUAUUUCGACUUGAACGAUGGCGUGGCUUCGUACUCGAUGAGCGUAGGCAAUGGCACGGUUGGACAAUGGGUCGGAGACCUGGAAACAAAGUUGGGGCACGCACCUACAGGACGUGUUGAUGGGAAUUCGGCGGCAAGGGUUACAUUUGAAGCUGUCUGGGUGCCUCAUGGUGCUGAAAUCGUCAUCAGCACUCAAGCAAAUGGUACCGAAGUGGCCCCUUUGGAUUAUCUCGAGUUUGUGCCAUCAGCCAGAGGCAGGAGCACACAGUGA